AUGAAUGAAAAAGUAGAACAUGAAUCAUUUUCAAUCAACUAUCGUCGGUGGGGGCUGCGACAAGAGGCCCAGUCGGUAGGGGUGGCGGGGGUCGGCGGCCGGAGAGUGCCGGAGGCGGGCGAGGGCGGCCGGCGGGCCACGGGGCGACCCGAGCCUUCGCUCCGCGCGCGCAACAAUGACGCCUGUCGCGUCGCCGCCGCCGCCGCCGCCACAGUCGCCGCCGUCACCGCCCGUCCGCCCUCCUCCACCUCCUCCUCCUCCGAGAUUUGUGGCAUGCGUGUGCCGGACCGGGGGGCAGCCGCUUCCCUGAUCUUGGCCCGUCGGAUGCGUGGGUCCAUGGAGACCAAUAUUACACUGUGGCAGUUCCUGCUUGAGCUGUUGCUCAGCAACCAGUAUACGAGCAUCAUUACUUGGACGAACAACGACGGAGAAUUCAAAUUAUGUUAUUUUAACAAUAUUACAUUUGUAAACUUCGGACAAUUAUUUAUAAUGCUCUGUAAAGUGGAAUUAAAACUUCAAUCUUCAAAUGGCACUUCGCUAGUUGUGGAUAUAAACAAAAAUAUUCCUUUCAAUUUUAUGUUUUUCUUUUAUUAUAUCAACGUAUACAAUUUAUCAGUUUUUUAUGCUAUUAAGAGCGGCAUUUUUACUAUACGAUUGAAAAAAAAUGUAUUGUUAAUUUUUAUAAUGGGUCUUAAU